AUGAAGGUCUUGAAAGACGCCCGUCGGCUGUUGGCCAUCGGCGUCCUGGCUCUCGUUGUCCAGAUCGGCGGCCCGCUUCAGACGGCGCAGGCCAAGGUUUUCGACCCGGUCAGCUUCACCCUGGACAACGGCCUGCAGGUCGUCGUGGUGGUGAACCAGCGGGCGCCCAUCGUCCACCAUUCGGUCUGGUACCGGGUUGGCGCCGCCGACGAACAGGCCGGCGAAUCCGGCCUCGCCCAUUUUCUUGAGCAUCUUAUGUUCAAGGGGACCGAGUCCUUGGAGCCCGGCGAAUUCUCCGAGAUCAUCGCCGCCAACGGCGGACGGGAAAACGCCUUCACAUCCUGGGAUUACACCGGCUACUUCCAGACCGUCGCAGCCGACCGCCUGGAGAUCAUGAUGCGCCACGAGGCCGACCGCAUGGCCAACCUGGUGCUGACCGACGACGUGGUGACGCCGGAGCGCGAGGUGGUGCGCGAGGAGCGGCGCAGCCGCAUCGACAACGAACCGCGCGGACAGCUGGGUGAGAUGAUUCGUGCGACCCAGUUUCUCAACCACCCCUACCGCAUCCCCAUCAUUGGUUGGGAUCACGAGAUCGAGCAACUGAACACCGAGGCGGCGCUGCGCUUCUACGAGCGCUGGUAUGCCCCCAACAACGCCAUACUGAUCGUUGCCGGCGACGUCGACCCGGAGGCGGUGCGCCGCCUUGCGGAAACCUACUACGGGCCCAUUCCGGCCGGCGAUAUCCCGAUGCGUGAGCGCGUUGCGGAGCCGCCGCAGAACGGUGCCCGCGAGGUCACGCUGCGCAGCCCGCGCGUGCGCCAGCCGAGCCUCUCCAUCAGCUAUCUGGCGCCCAGCUACCGGCAGGCCGAAGGCGCCGAGGCCUAUGCCCUCCAGGUGCUUUCCGAGAUCCUGGGCGGCGGCGCCACAAGCCGCCUUUACAGCAGGCUGGUGGUGGAUCAGGGCAUCGCCGCCUCCGCCGGUUCGGGCUAUAACCCGAUGGCCUAUGACUACGCGACCUUUUCUUUUUAUGCCUCGCCGCGGCCGGACGGAGACAUCGCGGCGGUCGAGGCGGCAUUGCGCGCGGAGAUCGCGAAGCUGCUCGAAACCGGCAUCGGCGAAGACGAGGUCACGGCCGCAAAGAAGCGGCUGGUCGCCGGCGCCGUCUAUGCGCGGGACAAUCUCAGCACCGCGCCGCGGAUCAUCGGCAACGCCCUGACCACCGGCAGCAGCCUGGAAGACAUCGAGGCCUGGCCGCAGCGCAUCGAUUCCGUGACCGUCGAAGACGUGAACGGUCUGCUGGAAAGCGUUUUCCGCGAAGAGCAAUCGGUCCAUCGAUACGCGCGGGGCCAUCAAAGAACGCUGCCUGCCGCGCAGGCACCGGCCGCGUCUUCCGCCAGGCCCUCCUGGGUUGCGGGGGCCGUUGCCGGCCUCCUGGCCCUCGCGACCCUCUUCGCGGCCUUUCAGGCUCGGGCCGUGGAGGUUCAGCGCGUCGUCAGCCCCGGCGGGAUCGAGGCCUGGCUGGUCGAGGACCACAGCAAUCCGAUCAUCGCGGUGGAACUCGUGUUUCGCGGCGGCGCCUCCCUCGACCCUGAAGACAAGCCAGGCCUGGCCCACAUGGUGUCGGGUCUGAUCGACGAGGGGGCGGGGCCGCUCGACUCCCAGACCUUUCAGGGCACGCUCGACGAUCUCUCCAUCGGUCUGCGGUUCAAUGCUGGGUUGGACAACUUCAACGGUUCGCUGACCACGCUCACCGAGAACCGCGAACGUGCCUUCGAGCUUCUGCGCCUGGCGAUCACGGCGCCGCGCUUCGACAGGGAGCCGGUGGAGCGGAUCCGCAGCCAGAUCCUGGCGCGGCUCUCCCGCGAGGCCGAAGACCCGGAUGUCAUCGCCAGCCGCACGCUCAGGCAACUGAUGUUCCAGGAUCAUCCCUAUGCGCGGCCGACGCGGGGCACGGAGGCGAGCGUCCGGUCGAUCACCACCGAUGACCUGCGCGGCUUCGUGCAAGACCGCUUCGCCCGCGAUCAACUGUUCAUCGGCGUCGUCGGCGACAUCACCACGGAUGAACUGGAAGCCCUGCUCGAUUCCACCUUUUUGCCGCUGCCCCUGUCGGCCCAGCCGUUCUCCGUACCGGAAGCCGACAUCGGUAAUGCAGGCGAUCUGGUGGUGAUCGAAAAAAACAUCCCCCAGUCGGUGGUCUCCCUGGGGCAGGGCGGGAUCAAGCGCGACGACCCGGACUACUACGCGGCCUAUGUCGUCAACUAUAUUCUGGGCGGCGGCGGUUUCGCCUCGCGUCUCGUUGAGGAGGUGCGUGAGAAGCGCGGUCUCGCCUAUUCCGUCUACUCCUAUCUCAGCCCGCUCGACCACGGCGCCCUGGUCGCCGGCGGUGUGGCGACCCAGAACGCGAGGGUCGGCGAGUCGCUGGAUCUGAUCCGUCAGGAAUGGCAGCGGAUGGCGAGCGAAGGGCCGACGGAGGCGGAGCUUGAGGCGGCCAAACGCUUUCUCACCGGCUCCUUCCCGCUGCGGUUCUCCAGCUCCGGGCGCAUCGCCGGCAUGCUGGUGGGCAUGCAGCUGGAAGACCUGGGACGCCCGCCGGGUGGCAAAGCGGGUUUAUCGGCCCGAUGA